AUGCACGCCACAGACGAAGCUACAGUCAUCUCCGAGCUGGAACAGCCCUGGCAGCGAGAUCGAUUGGUAGAGGUCCACACCGGAAAAGGGAAGCCGGUGUUUGGCCUCCCAUUUCAGUCCGCCAUCUUCAAAUCUGUUCGCUAUGGUUCAGUCACCGUAGACAGACUCGGAUGCCAGGGUGAUGAACAUGUCUAUGAAUUUCAUGGCGGCCCAGACAAGGCAUUGUUACAGUAUUGCUCGCGCCAUUACGAUGCCUGGGUCAAAGAAGUACCCGGAAGUGAGCAUUUGUUCCGCGUUGAACCUGGUGGCUUGCGCAAUACUUGCAUCAGUGACAUUGUCCGAAUUGGUCGCGACGUGAUUGCCCAGGUGAGCUUGCCCCGACAGCCAUGCUACAAACUCAAUCAUCGGUUGCAGGAAAAGAACAUGUCGCGAUUCGCCCAGGAAAAGUUUCGAACGGGCUGGUUCUAUCGUAUCAUUCAGGAGGGCUCCAUACAAGCGGGCGACGAGAUUGAGUUCAUGACGCGCCCAAGCCCGGAAUGGACGGUAGCUCGCGACCAACAUUACCUCUACAUUGAAGGAGAGAACUACGAGAUGAUGAAGGAAUUGGCUGAAAUCAAGGAACUGGGCAGUGAAAUCCGCACCAUCUUUCAAAACCGGCUCAACAAGAUAUUUGAAGAUCAAGAAGCACGACUAUUGGGUGACGACUCCAUGGUUCUUGACACGUGGGCCGAUUAUCGACUUACAAAAAAACGAGAGGAAAUGCCUACGGUCGAGGUUCUUGUUUUCGAAGCAAUUCAGCCUAUCGAAUUCCCCGAGAGGGCUCUAUCGGGCGCACACGUGCGCUUAAAGUCAGGCGGUCGUCUCAUCAGAGUUUAUUCCGUAGUUGGAGGAAAUCGGAACAGAUUCACAGUAGGGGUGGCCCUGGACCGAGAUCAAACUCGAGGGGGCUCCCUCUACCUUCAUGAGACUAUCAGUAACUUAAAGGCGACCUUGUCACUAUUAGCAAAUUUGCCACGACUUUUCCUCUCGCGAGAGAAGUCGACCACCAUAUUCUUAUCGCCGGAGGUUAUUGGAAUCACUGGAUUGCUUGCAUCUGCAGGAGAUUUGCAACAAAGGAAAGUGCCCUACCAUCUACACUAUGUUGUCAGAUCCCCAGAAGAGGUGGCGUUCACGGCAUAUCUACAAACUGUGACCAAUGUGACUAUUUAUUCUAAGAAGCUCGGCAAAUCAUUUGACGUGUCCAAAGCGCUUCAGCUAGCCGACAGCAACACCCACAUCUACUGCUGUUCAGGGGAGAGAUUGAUGAAUGCCGUGCGGGAAACAGCAGAUCAACUCGGCCUGCCCGAAGAAAACGUUCAUUUCGAGUCAUUCCAAUGGACGUGGGAUCGGGAGAAAAGCCUUCUGGAUGCGCUUCGAUCUGCCGGUUUUGACAUCCCAUCUACCUGCGAGGCCGGCAAGUGCGGGACUUGCCGUGUUGGGGUUCGCAGUGGGCGAGCUGAACAUCGUGGUACCGGGCUACUUGAGAAUGAAAAGGAUACUUCGAUGCUUAGUUGUGUCUCACGAGGGGUCGGUCGGAUCGUGCUUGAUCUUUAG